AUGGAGGAAUUCUUGCAUCUACCGAAUGGACAUCUGCUAAAUCUUCAGCCUCGACCCCGCCACGGCAAGCGGACAAGAGUCGGUAACGAGGUACAAACACCCACGCGAGUGCAAGAAUCUACGCCCAAACCUGACGAACGGCACAAGUCUGGAAGCAAAGAGAGCACCGGCGCUUCGCCUGACACGGCUCCGCGAAAGAGAACCCCUACAAAACUACCCCUUCCAAAGUCCUUCACCGACAAGGAGAAACAGCAACCAAAGGAAGCCCCCACAACUUCUGAACAGAAAGGUCACCGUGCAGAUAGAGUUCUCCAGCCGAAGAGGUCAUUCGGGGCACUGCAGCGUUCAUCACCCAAGAGAUCAGACAACGAUCGUGACCAAUACUGGCGGAAAGUAAAGGAUAGAUUUGAAAAAGAGAUUCCCGGAGGGUCGUUCACUAAAGAGAAGCCGAAGGAAUACUACCAGGAGGCCUACCGAAAGAUAGUUUCACUGGCCAACUCCCCAAGACAGGAGAUUGCCAAACAAAAACAGAAAUUGGCAGGAGGGGCGCCUCGGGGCGACAAAUUAGUCCUCCAAGGCCCGAGCCCUCCAACAAAGAUUCCAAAUUCCAGCGACGGUCGAACAAAUUUCGGGCGCAGCGCGAGAGAAGGAGGAGCAAGUCUCUCUACUGGUCAAAGAAAGCGGCCGAGCAAUGGAACUCAACGAACGCAUCUGAACUUCAGCAACUCCACACCGGCAAUAUCAUCUGAAAGGACAGACACCAACACCGACUCCUCCGAACACUCACAUCCCUCAGUUUCUCCGAUAUCCGCCCCGUCCAGCUCCCUAACCGAGUGGGAAGACAAGUUCGUUGUCAAUAUGCCUUCGGCUAAGGAGCCCAACCCUCCAAUCAUGAGUACUCAACAAAUCUCCGAUUUUCAGCAAAGCAUCGAGAAAGUCCAUAAGGAAGGCGGGGAGAUGCUAGAUCCAGACACCCUCCCCAGCCCGCAAGAGGUCGGAAAGCAACGGUUCAGUACUAUAUGGGAAGAGGCUCCUGCAAAAACUGCAAACAAAACCCCUGCUGCAAACCCAGAUGGGUCUUUUUUAGGGUGCAAGGAAAUCAAUGGGCCAUACGACAAGAACCCGGACGAGAUCCUGCUCUUCUCGAUGACGGACGAGCGCCCCAGAAUGAUAGACAUCCCGUCCGGACGGUCCAAGAUGUCAAAGGAAGGGAAGCGAAUCACCAGCAAUCGUGGGACAUCGACAUCUCCAGAGAAAGCUGUCGUCCAAGAAGAAUGGAAACCAAUUUCUCAGAAUUUGAAACAAGCCCAAUGCUCGAAGUCCUUGCCGAAGACAAUGUGUCAAGAAGCCAAAUGCCGCCCGGCGGAGAAGAUGGAGGUCUCUGCCAAAGCGUCUAUGACAGAGAAUCUGGAUCCGUCAGAGAACACAGUCAAGCAGCACGACAAGCAGAAGUUGGGCCGCAAGUCGGACGAUGUUUUCAUUAUCACACCCACUAUCACACGCACUAUGGUGACCAUGGCAGAUUUGAGAAGCAGCCCCAAAAAAUCAGACGCGCAGGAGCCCACCUCUCGCGCCGCAGGAGAGAUAAUAUCGGACUCUCGAGUAAAACAGACAAUGAGCAGCUCGACAUCAGGCUUGCGAAGGGCGACCCAAAAUUCUUGGGGAAAGUCAAAUGCGCCGUGCGCAAUAUCUUCAACUGCAGUCCCUCCUACCAAUCCACAUCCAUCCCCCCAAAGUCGAACAGAAUCCGACCGUACCUCUCCACAAAGACCUCGCGCUAUUCGUGGGUUCAUCCGUACGCAAGGGCUGCCCAGGCCCAAAACAGGAAACUCUGGUGAGCCCGUGCGCUAUAAUCAGCAACCCUAUGUUGCCAGUGUAUCGCCUAAAAGAGACAAUUCAAAUUCGUUGAAGAGCGCAUCGGAUACGACACUUGUUGAGAAGCCGUCGACCCCCGAGACAAUUUCUCCUGCGGCUUCGAUAAGCAAAGACAGGGUUAGGCAGGACAGCGUUUCGCAAGAGGCUGAACCUAUUGAAGUUGCUGAACUGGAUGGGCAACAAGUGUCUGAUACAGCAAAAGAGUUGUUCUACUCUAAGAUCACUGAUUUCAAUACCGAUCUUCAUACCAACGGGUUGCCUACCAACAACAAGGAAGCCCCAAGUCAGGAGAUAAUGGGCUAUGUCAGGGAUGCUCUUAUAGAACUCUCUGGCCAGCUGCAAGGUCUCUAUGACGAAAUCAUGGCCAAUCGGCACUCUCGGGCUAUGCUAGUGAAGAUCGCCUUCAAUAACGUCCUGAAGAUGAUCGAACACUGCUUGCAUGUCCUGAAAGAUCUCCUGGGGAUCCUGGCCCUUUACAAUACAACAGGAUCCUGGCCAAAGCCGAACCGCGAGGACUUCGCCCGGUCAUUGAUCGAUCUUUGCAAAGCUAUGGUCUACCUCAUUGCCCUUGGGUUCGUCAUGAUGAUCAUCGGCCGAGCAGCCGGAUACGUGGUCCUUAUCGGAAGCUGGAUCGUGUGGUUUGCAAGACCCUUUGCUUGGUUGCUAGGGGCAUUAGGAAGGGCCCUAUUGGUAUAA